AUGGUCCGCAUCCUCAUCACCGGCUCCGCCGACGGCUUUGGCCUGGAAGCGGCCCGCCAACUGGUCCAGCGCGGCCACACCGUCUACCUGCACGCACGCAACCAAGACCGCGCAGACCACGCCCAAGCAGCCUGUCCCGGCGCCGCGGGAGUGUUGAUUGCCGACCUCAGCAAUCUCGAAGCAACGCGCCAGUUGGCCGAAGAAGCCAACGCCAUCGGCACGUUCGACGCGGUGAUCCUCAACGCGGGAAUGCUCUCCGGACCCUUCCGCAAGACUCCGGACACUGGCAUCCCGGCCAUGGUGUUUGUCAACGUCGUGGCGCCGUAUAUCCUCGCGUGCUUGCUGCAUCGCCCGAAACGGCUGAUCAUCAUAUCCUCGCAGUUGCACCGCAGUGCCCAGAAUACUGCCGUGGAGGAUAUUUUCUGGCUAAAGCGCGGCGAGCGCACCUUUCAGGAUUUCCAGGCGUAUUGUGAUUCGAAGUUUCAUGUUAUAUUGAUUGCGAAUGCGUUUGCGAGAUUGUGGCAGGGGAGGUCGAGUGUGGUCUCUGUGCAUCCGGGGUGGGUGGCGACCAAGUUGGGGGGUGCGGGGGCGCCGGAUCGGUUGGAGGAUGGGGUCGAGACUUAUGUGAUGCUGGCGGAGGGGGAGUAUGAUCAGAGUAUCACGGGAGCGUACUUUGACCCUAAGAGGAAGCGCGGGAGUGCUCUACCGGCGACGCAGGAUGUUGCGCUUCAGGAGAAGGCUAUUAAGGCCUGCGAGGAGGUUACGGGGUUGAAGAUGCCUGUUUAUCCGCGCGAUGACAAGGUCCAAAUCCAAGGUUUCAAGGGGGCCCGCUUAUGGACUCAUAUCGUUGGAUUUGAGCAACGACGAGUUCAGAAAAUGGCAAAUGAUGGCGAGCGCGAUCGCAAUGUCAACGACCGCCUACUUUGGAUCCGCGCUGAUCCCGGCAAAGGAAAGACCAUGCUACUUUGCGGGAUCAUUGAUGAAUUGACCAAGGAAAUGCCUGAAACCCGCCCAUUGUCGUAUUUCUUCUGCCAACAGAGUGAUGCUCGCCUCAACGAUACAACAUCCGUCUGCGAGGUUUGA